UUUAAAUAACUUUAAAUACGACCAGUUGGAUAUAUCUUAGUGCAAAAACCUGCAACGACCUUAACAUCCAUCCAUUGCCAUGGAGUUGAAUUCUUCGGCUAAAAGUAGUGUUCCAAGAUGGACACCAAGUCCAAGCCCAACAAGAACAUUAUUGUCAUCAGAUGAUGAUCAUAUGCAAAGGCAACAAACCAGAGAUUCUGCAGAAGAAGAUGAUGAUGGUGGGAACAUAUCAUUGUCCUGCUCCAGCAUGGACAGAAUUUUCCCGUUCCGCAUUGAGUUUAAAGGCGGUUUGGCUUCGAACUCCGGCAAGGACGUUCGUGAAGCUCCGCCUCUGAGACUGGAAUCCGUUGCAAAGCUGAGUUGCGGAAAUGAUCAUCAAAGUAGUGGUGAUGGUGUUGAUCGAAAUCAGGUCGAAAAGGAAGGGAGUUUCUUUGACAUGGAAGGACCUGUGGGUUGGUGUAGCUGAUGGGAAAAAUGGGCAAAGAAUGAUCUUGCAGGAGGUUACAGGGUAUGCUCAACCUGGUGAGAUGUUGGCUAUCAUGGGUCCUUCUGGCUCUGGCAAAUCUACCCUUUUGGAUGCUUUGGCAGGAAGGCUAAGUUCAAACACACAGCAGACCGGGGAGAUCUUAAUCAAUGGCCGUAAAGAAACACUUGCUUUCGGAACAUCGGCGUACGUGACUCAAGACGACACUCUAAUGACAACAUUAACAGUAAGGGAAGCUGUAUAUUACUCAGCGCAGCUGCAACUGCCCGACUCCAUGUCCCAAGCAGAAAAGAAGGAAAGAGCGGAGAUGACGAUAAGGGAGAUGGGGUUGCAAGACUCCAUGGACACAAGAAUUGGAGGUUGGAGCAUAAAAGGACUUAGCGGUGGCCAGAAAAGAAGAGUUAGCAUUUGCAUUGAAAUCUUGACUCGCCCGAAGCUUCUCUUCCUUGAUGAGCCUACUAGUGGCCUAGACAGUGCAGCGUCUUACCACGUCAUGAACCGCAUUGUUAAGCUAGCUCACCGUGAUGGAAGGACAGUUAUUGCAUCGAUUCAUCAACCUAGCAGUGAGGUUUUCGAUCUUUUCCAAAAUCUUUGCCUACUCUCCUCUAGUAGGACAGUCUACUUUGGCCUUGCUUCAAUGGCAGAACAAUUUUUUGCUUCAAAUGGAUUCCCAUGCCCGACUCUGAGAAACCCAUCAGAUCACUACCUUAGAACUAUCAACAAGGAUUUUGAUGUUGAUAUCGAACAAGGGCUUGGGGGCAAAACAAGCACAGAAGAAGCGAUUAAUAUUCUCAUACAAUCAUACAAGUAUUCAAAUAUUAACAAGCAAGUUCAGCUGCAGGUAGCUAGUAUUUCCCAACAGAAAGGUGGAACUCUAGAGAAGGGAAGUCAAGCCAGCUUCGUAAACCAAUGCCUUGUUCUCACAAGGAGAUCGUUUGUGAACAUGUAUCGCGAUCUUGGCUACUACUGGCUUCGCCUUGCAAUUUACAUUGCCUUGUGUUUAUGCGUAGGCACUAUCUUUUACGACAUUGGCUCCACUUUUGGGUCCAUACAGGCGAGAGGUUCGAUGCUUAUGUUUGUUGGAGCAUUCUUGACUUUCAUGGCAAUAGGUGGAUUCCCUUCUUUUGUAGAAGACAUGAAGAUCUUCGGGCGAGAGAGAUUGAACGGGCACUAUGGUGUUUCGGCAUUUGUUGUUGGAAACACGUUUUCCUCCAUUCCAUACUUGCUCAUCAUCUCUUUAAUUCCCGGAGCUAUAGCCUACUACCUUGUCGGUCUUCAAAAGAGCUUUGAUCACUUUGCCUAUUUUGCAUUGCUACUCUUUGUGACCAUGAUGUUGGUCGAGAGCCUAAUGAUGAUUGUCGCAAGCGUUGUGCCAGAUUUCCUCAUGGGAAUUAUUACCGGUGCUGGAAUUCAAGGAGUAAUGAUGCUGAACGGAGGUUUCUUCCGACUACCCAAUGACCUCCCUAAGCCCUUCUGGAGAUAUCCAAUGUACUACAUUGCAUUCCACAAGUACGCAAAUGAAGGAUUCUACAAAAAUGAGUUUGAAGGACUGACAUUCCCAAACAAUCAAGCAGAAGGAUAUUCAACAAUUAACGGUGAAGAAAUUUUACGAAGCGUUUGGCAAGUGCAGAUGGGAUACUCCAAGUGGGUCGAUCUUGCCAUUUUGUUUGGAAUGGUAAUAGUUUACAGGCUCAUGUUUCUGGGAAUCAUAAAGUUCACAGAAAAGGUUGUACCAAUCAUCAAAGCUCUCAUAGUUGCUACUCCGAAGCACUCGAAACAGAUCACAGAAAAUCCACCCCCCAUACCCUCAGAUUAAGCAAACUUGUAGUGUGUUUUUGUUAAUUUGUAGCACUAAAUAGAACAUUGUUUGAAUGUAUUAUAUAUGUACGUGUAUUCCAGCUAUGGUUGAACGGACUAUACCAGAAAGAAAAUAUUCGAAAUUUA